AUGGCGAGGAACAUUCCCGACACGAAGCAGGUGAGGAUUUGGGACCGGACUCUACGGGAUUUCACCCAUGGGAAGCAGAACAUGAACCUUUUGGGGUGGGGUUUUCUGCUGUCUUGGCUGUCUUGGCCGUCUUGGCUGAUUUGCGCCUGGGCUCUUCGUUGCUCGUCCUCUAUGUUUGUAGGAAUAAGCGUGGGUAGCAGGGGCGGAUUGUUACCGUGUCCCCAAUCCGAUGAAGGUUCUCGUUGCGGUGCGCUCGUUGCUGCUGGUUGUGGCGGUAUCGACCUCUGCGGCUGCGGCUGCAAUUGUGCCAUGGGAAUCGGUGACGGUAGGGAACUCGGGGGAUGCCCAGAUCCGCUGUAUCUCGAGGACGCAAGUGUAAGUGGUCGUAGGGGCGGUUCUGGUGAUUUGGGCACUUCGUCAUGGGUGGUGCGUCGUGUAAGUGGUCGCGGAAACGGAGGGACUCUGGACAAGAUGCUUCGUGAAGGCGACGUCGAAGCCUGUGCCGUGACUGAAUUCUCGCCUGUAUUAGUCGGUGCCGGAGCCGAAUGUUGCUGUUCUGUAUCCGCAUCUCGUGGUCGUUCAUUUCGAGCCCGCCGUAAUAGAUCGGCCCUGAUCCUUUCCAUCCUCCCGUUUCCAAACACCAUUUUGUCGUGUAGGAUUUUGUACUGUAGUUGCUCCGUUCAAAUAGCCGAAAUCAUGGUCCGCACGAAAUGA